UCCUCCGCAGUGCACUUGCAGCUGAGCAGUUCUCCGGACAGGACGGCCUCCUCCUCCUCUUCUUCUUCCCCCUCUGUCUCCCAAUCCCCAAUCUCUCUUUCUCUGUGUGUGUUAGUGCCUGUAAUACUGGCAGUGUUCGGAGGCUGCACCUACAGUUGCAUCCGACUCCAGCCCAGAAGUCCCGACAGACGCGCGAUGCUGCGGACUCAUUGAUAAAAAAAAAAAAAAAAAAAAGGUGCCGCUGGAAUAAAAAUGAGCACUCCUGCUGAGCGGCUCUCCUCUUCCACAUAGCGCUGCCUUCUCCGCUCAAGAUCUGUUUUAUGUGACUCCAGCAGGCAAAGCAGGAUGACUACUUCAAUAUCUUUGGUGAUUCUGUGCGCGUUGGUUACAUUAAUGUUGGCGUCUAAGACUGAGCGGGCGGUGCUUGUUCAGUGUGACUCUGGAAAGUACACCAACAGUGGGGAAUGCUGUGAGGAGUGUCCACCUGGAGAGGGAGUGGUGACAGAAUGUGGUGCCUCUCAGACUGUCUGCGCUCAGUGUUUGGACAGUGAGACCUUCUCUGAGAACUACAGCCACACAGAGCAGUGCAGGCCAUGCACUCAAUGUACCGGCUUGAUGCGGAUGGAGACGCCCUGCACCGACUCCAAUGAUGCAAGAUGCAUCUGCAACUACAACUACUACUUCAGUGAAGUGUCUGGACGCUGUGAGAAGUGCACAGUGUGCCCGGUGGGACAGGGCGUGUUCGCUCACUGUGAACAUGAUCAUGACACAGUGUGUGAGGAGUGUAUGGACGACACCUACUCUGAUCAGGAAAGUGCCCUCGAACCCUGCCUGCCCUGCACCAUCUGUGAGGAACCAGAGAUACAGACUGCUGAGUGCACGCCCACCAGUGACUCUACAUGCCACAAUCCUUAUCUUCCUACAUAUGUCACUCCUACCUUCGAUCCCUUUGCAACGUCCCCGCCUGAUUAUGUCUCCUCCGACUUUUCUGACACCCCGUUGCCGAGUGGAGAGACAACCACAUCCAGUGCAGGCUCUCCCCGCUUUCUUGGCCACGGCCUCAAUGAAAACCUCAUCCCCAUCUACUGCUCUAUCCUGGCUGCAGUGGUAGUGGGCCUAGCAGCUUACAUCAUCUUUAAGAGGUGGAAUAGCUGCAAGCAGAACAAGCAGGCAGCUAAUAAUCGUGCAGCUACAAACAACCAGAUGGUGACACCGGAGGGAGAGAAGCUGCACAGUGACAGCGGCAUCUCAGUGGACACUCAGAGUCUGCAGGAGCAGCAGCAGCUGCAGCAAGCUCAAGCUGAAGUCCAGCCUCAGUCCUCACACUCUCACACACAGGAACAGAUAGUGGUGAGAGUGGAUGGCAGCCCUGAGCCUGAUUCGCCUCCCCAUGAAGUCUGAAAAAGAAGAAGAGGAAGAAGAGGAGAUGUCAGAGCUGAGGACAGGGGGGAAGAGAGUUGGAGACUUGAACCUUGGACCAAAGUGAAGGCAAAGGGGGUGCCACACACAGAAUGUAAAAACAGACCUUGAUUUAAAACUGAAGUGGCCACAGGGCAGCAGUUUGACUUACAUGGAACUUGAUGCACCUUUGGGCCACAGUCUGACUCUUCAUCCCUGCAUUUUGAAGUCUAAAUUCAAUGUGCCUGGACACAAAAUCUGCGGCAAUAUCAACAACUGUCUGAACUAGUGUUGCACAGAUAGCUCAUAACAUAUAUGCCAUCUCAUAUUAACUAUUUCACUAUGUUGUCAUCUGACAAAUUUCUCAGUAGCUGCCAGUUUAAUAUCUUCCUCUCAUUUUACUUUUGAUUCUAAGAUCAGCUGCCAUGAAACAUUAGUGCCUGAGAAGUAAGUAGGAAGAAAGGUAUUCUGUGAUAUUCUCUUUAUUUUUCCUCUGUAUCAAAGAGACUGGGGUAGCUUUUUCUCCUUGUAUUUUCCUGUGUGGCAUUCCACUCUCAGAUAAUCCUCAGCCCCUCUCCAUAGGAUUCACUCCAUUAGACACCCACUGUCAGCGAUACAAAAAAGCCACAGGGGAGCUGUGAGUCACUCCCAACUUCUUCUGAAGUUUCUUCCACUUUCGUCAUUUAAUCACUGAUGCAUUUCUUGUCAUGUUGUCUUAUAAAAUGUAUGCGUCAUUGUUUGAGACUGGUUGCACCGACUGACUCAUUUUUGGGCAGAGAGGUCCAUUACCUUCUGGCUUUCUCAGAAAUUUUUUUAUUUUUGCUUAGUGAGAUGUUUUUUUUUUUUUUUUCCUUUGCAUAAACUAAAUGAAGCACUCCAUCCCCACAGUGCCUCCUGGGAUUGUAUUUCAGCAAUUUCAUGCUCAUAAUGUGACACACCCAAAUGUCUGUCUCAUGUUUACGGUGCACUACUUUUAUUUUGUGGCUUGAGUUACAUGGCUGAUUCAGCAGGCUGCCUCCACAUUCCCCCAUGGAGUCUGCAUGUACAACAUGAAAAGAACAUCUUUGGACUGUGGAGCUCUGCUGAAGAGAAGGGAAAUCCAUCUAGCAGAAAAGGAGUAGCUACGUCAUUGUUCACUAAAAUGAUGCUUAAAUGAAUUUGGGACUAAAAAAAGCUGCAGCGAGGAAUCCCAUCUAUAAUCAUUUACGCUUUCUGAGCGGAAAAUUGGGACACCCCUCAGAGGAUGCAAGCACUCCGUCUCCACAUGCCUGCUCCUGCAUACAACACCAUCUGUGUUAUACAGCGUGAUAAACAGUGUUGAGGCAGCAAUGCUUUGUCGUAGGCGCUCACAUCAACGCAGGGCCCAUUAAGAAGACGUCCUGACAGGCAGGUAGUAAUUACCUCAGGGUUUUAGCUUCAUUCACCCUCUGCUUCACUCUCAUCAGGAAUAAUACAGAGGACAGUGAUGAGUAUAGCUGAAGCCUCAGAUCCAUUUUCUAAAUCAGAGUCCACUAACAUUUACUACAUUGCACUUAGACCAAGCUCACUUCUUAGGGAGGUUGGCGUUUCAUUUUCUUUUCUAUGUUGUCCCCUUCCUGCUUCCUCAGCACCCGUAGAAGCAGUUGACUUCGAAACCCCAUAAAAGAAGCAUAUCAAAGCCGAGCUUGACUGCAUUAAUUUCUUACAGGGGCAUGUACCUUCUCAGGAUUCCUUUCAUUGUAACUGAGAUUAUAUAGACAUUCAGAAAAUUUGAGUAAACAGCCUGUAGAACUACGAUGGAGCUGGUGGGUUGAGAGACAAGUGAAUACAAGCCGAUUCUGUGGGUGUUAUCAGUGCACAUUCUUUCCAUACACAUGAACCAGUAGGUACCUGGAAAAUGUUACAGCUUAUGUGUUAAUAACCUGUGUCUCCAUAUGUGUUCCUACAUGAUGACUUCCAUGCUCCACGUUGUCCAAGAGUUGGCUCGGCUUAAAGGUUUAUAACUGUGAAGAAGGAAUUGGUGACAUGUGCAGCUCUAUGUACCUUUGUGACCAUGUCAGCUCCUUCAUGGAAGAGAUUGCUGGUUCAAGACUCGCCAUGCAUCAUGUUUUUAAAAGUUAAUGUGCUUUUUUACUUUAGUUUCAGAACCAAUUCCUUAUUAUUGUUAUUAUGGCU